UUUUAGUCCUUUUAUUUUUUUUAAAAGGCAAAAUAAGUCUUCAGUCACACACUUCUUUUUGUGGAGUCAAAGAACUGCAUUUCCCGUCAGCCUCAAAUCUCGCGCACGUGCUCACGGAGGGCCGUUUUUGGUCGCGUAGUAUCGCGAGAGUCGCUCGUCGCUCUGUAGGCAAAGCUGUCAGUGAAGGUUUGUGAAGGAGGUGAAGAUUUUUUUUUUUAGUGAAAUCGUUUUGUGUCGUUACUGUAAAACGGCGUCGAUGUUACGAGCCGUCAUCUCGUAGAAGUGUUUUAUUUUUACAGCCAGAAGAAGCAGAAAAAAACGCAUCGGAAAGCCGAAUCUCAGCGGAAAAUCCGAGCGUUCUGCAGCUUGCUAACAAUAAACAACAGGCAAAUGGCGUUGAAGAGGAUCCAGAAGGAGCUGACUGAUCUGCAGAGGGAUCCUCCAGCCCAGUGUUCAGCCGGACCUGUGGGAGAAGACUUGUUUCACUGGCAGGCUACAAUAAUGGGGCCGAAUGACAGUCCUUACCAAGGCGGUGUCUUCUUCCUCACCAUCCACUUCCCUACAGACUACCCCUUUAAACCUCCCAAGGUCGCGUUCACCACGAAAAUCUACCAUCCCAACAUCAACAGUAACGGCAGCAUCUGCCUCGAUAUCCUGCGCUCGCAGUGGUCUCCUGCACUCACCGUAUCGAAAGUUCUGCUCUCCAUAUGUUCCCUGUUGUGUGACCCGAACCCCGAUGACCCUCUAGUGCCCGAGAUCGCGCACACGUACAAAGCCGACAGAGAAAAGUACAACAGACUAGCGAGAGAAUGGACGCAAAAGUACGCCAUGUGAAAGGAGCGCGUACAUCUGACAAACCCGGCGCCGCAAGCAAACGCACAGAGGAACCUGUUUUAACUUUUUUUAAACUCGAGGAGAAUGAGCGAGAGAGAGAGAGAGAGUGAUGUGGAUGAACACCGACGCUUUGGUUGUGAGGAAACAGAGAGACCCGAGGACACCACCGCACGCCGGCUGUGCGCCGGUACUCAGAGCCGUGCACAGAAACACGCACAGUCCACAACCACUCGGGACGACCACAAACCCGGGAAAUUAGACUUUUCUAACUAUUACUUUGGGGACGUUUUGUUUCGGAGUGUUUUCUCAGUGUCUUGGAUGGCAGAACACCUGGAGAUGCAGGCAGAACUCCUUCGCUCACGUGCACGCCGUCUCCGGGGUGUUUUCUUCUGUACAUAUUGCGCGCAUGCGUGCUUGUGUGUGUGUGUGUGUUUUUAUUUCGUUUUUUUUUUUUUUUUUUAAAGUUCCUAACAGUUUACACUCAGGGGCACGGUACGCUUCAUAACCCGUUACAGUAUUAACACAAGCGGUUCCGCUUCAGGCCGGACCUCCUCUUCGUUAUCCUGUUUAUCGAAUGUUUAGAAAUAACCGAGCGGUACGUCUGUAAUCGAGAAGCUGGGACUCUGGUGUACGCGAGCACAUCUGGUUUAUUCCAGAGGAUCACGUUCAAUCACGAUUAAUACGUGUGAUAAUGUGGAUAAAACCUGUUAAUAGGGAAAAAGGAGACGAAUCAAAUUUCCGGCAGCGUGUUUACAUGCAGCUCAAGGAAACGUUUCCCGUCUGUAGGUUUUAUCGUAACUUGGAGCAGAAAAAACAAACGCUAAAGAAAAAAACUGUCACAUUUUUAAUGAUAUAUUGUUUUUUAUCAUUUUUUUUUUUUUAUGUAGGAUGGAGUGUUUUCUGUUAAGUCCCUAGUUUUAGUGGUAAUAACAAUUUUGGAGUAGUUACAAAUAAAAUACCAAUAAAUACUGUAAUUACAAUAUCUAAAUAAUUCACUUAUCUAAAUAAUUCUAAUAAUACAAAAUAACAUACGGUUUGAAUAACGUCGGCCGCGGAUCUACGGAAAAUCUCACAUCGACGGUCUACGUGUGCUGAAUAAUCUGAGAAAUAAUCUCAGAAAUUAGUCACGGAUUUCUCUUAGUAAGGGCCCUUGCGUCGAGACUUGUCCGCGCUCUCCGGUGGGAGGGGCUUCCUCUGUCAAUCAUGGUGACACUGGCCAAUCCUGGGUGUCUGAGGUUAGGUGUGCGGAAGAGGGCGGAUACCAUAUGGCACUGUUGGUGUGCGUGUAAACACGCUCUGUGAUUUGAAUUCAUUAAUCAUGUGUAAAUCUUCCGGAAAGUGAAGGUUUUGAUUUCAGACAAACGGAUUAAACUGGAACAAAUAAGUCCGUGUUUGUGUCACAUGUGCAUGAAGGACGUGACUCGGUCUGUAGGGUUAUGGACACUUGUACAACCAGGCCACGUCUUCAUCCUCUCUCGUUCAUCACCUCACGCAGACUCUAUAUGCAUGUUAGUGCGGUAUACGUUUAGCCGAGUGUCGUCUCUUAUUUGGGUGGGUGGGGGGUGGGGGUUAAGGGGCAGAGACAAACGAAGCCGAAUUCGUUCGUAGGUCUGUGUGUGAAACUUGGCACCUUUCAGAGCUGAAGCUGAAGCAGGACUGUGAACAUACAAAUACAAGCCAACUCCACCUUUUAUCACCUUUUUUUCCAGAGCGCAAACUUUUAGUAACGAAUAGCGGCUGCCGUAACAUACUAGCGUAGUGACACAUGGAGGUGUAGAUGUAAUGAUCGAAGUGCAAGCGGUACACGCAAGGUCUGGACUCGGAUCUGUUUCCUGUCUGUUGGUUUUUAAACACUUAUUAACCCUGAGGUUCAUCUGAAGUGUCCUCCAGGUUUCCGGGUUUAGCCCCAAAAACUAGUCUCUCGUUAAUCUGUUGCUUUGAACACCGAGCCAAGCGACAGAUUGAUUUCAUCAGUCCGAUCCGGGGAACGUAGGACGUCUACUCUGACGUUUGAUACCUUCCCUGUCCCUUUAAAUUGAAUGUUUAGUCACCUACAAAAUAUGGGAGAAAAAACGGUUUGCAAGGACGCGGCAGAGAUCGUCGGUGCCUCUUCAACUGUGUCGUUAGCAUGCUUAGCUAAUCUGUCAACGUAGCUAAUUCAAAGCUAAGCAACCAGAUGUUGACGAAAGACACGCGUGACGUACCGCGUGCUAGUCUGAACGUAGGGUUUUAAUCUUCGGAAUCUAGGGAGAAAAAAUAAACGUGCUGCCUUCGAAAAACCUGUUUAGCGAGAAACGGCGACAACAUGUCGCCUUAAAAACGAUCUUUUUUCUUCGUUACUCUUUUGUGGUUAGCUGAAGUACGGUUGUUCAUAUUUCCCCACAAAUCAGUUUAAUUUAAAUCCAUCUUUUUUUUUUUUUUAACGACUUCUCGCACUCUCUCUGAACGACGUCCGUCGGUUUGGAGAACGUCGAUCCAUCAGUCAUCUCUACCGUAGACUAGAUUAGCCAAUCAGCUUCGCUCAGUGACUGUAGCUGAUGUAGUAAACAUAUCCAGGUGUCUGUUGGUUGGUGUGGUGUUGUUUUUUAACCCCUCAUCAUCAAAUCCUGGAACUGGAAUAUCGUUGGGGUUUUUUUUUUAUGCCAAACUUAGUUUGUGCUUUUUGUUUUUUUUCUGCUCACAACCCGAGCCACUGACUUGAUGUCUCUGGUGGUUUGGGAUAAAAACACGUCGUCCUUAUGAUCGUCUGUUACCUCAAACACUAGACCUUGAAUUGUUCAUGUGCAAAAUAAUUGGUUUUGGUAGUUUUGAAGCAUCACAGGGCCAAACGCGUCACGUGCCACGUCUCAGCCCCAGUCUGAGGUAAAUCCGUGCUCGUUUUGAACAACCACAAGCUCCUACGAAUAUUGCCCGAGUUUAAUUUGGGGAAUCGGGGGGAAAAAAACCUAAUAAAACAUCACGCACAAAAUACCCAACUAAAACGUGUCUUGUGGCAAAAAAAUCUUCUGAAGACAUGUUUCUCAUUUCAAGGUUUGAAUAUUAAUGAUGUGACCAAUCGCAUUAAUAAGAGUGUUUUCUCCAAUUUUCAGUAGAUUUGGGAGAUCAUUGUUUCCCUAAGUUUUGUGCCAAUCCUGGUGCCAGAUUGUGCCACCUUCUGUAUUCCGUCGAACACUACAUGCUGUAUGUCCACCUGUCGGUUUGUACAUCACCAUAACAGACUGGAUUUGUGAUCAUCCUGCACUGACCCUCAGUCGUUUCCUCGUCUGAGCCGUGUCGUAUCGUCCUCUGACGAGGGCCUUUAUGUAAACUUUUUGUUUUUUUUAAUGCGUUCAUUAACACUAAUAAACAAAAGUAUGUGCACCUCCGACCUUUACACACGUACGUCCGUCUCCGAGGCAUCUCUCUGUACACGCUCACGUUAUGACUCGGCUUCAUUUGAACUCUGACCUGUUUUACCAUGAUGAUCAUGAGCUCCAUAAAGAAAUGGUGUGGAGGUGAAGGUUAGAGUGGAAGAACUCGAGCGUCCUGCACGGAGCUCUGACUCUGACUCAACCCCACUGAACACCUUGUGGAAUGAACUGGAACUGGAGUCUCCUAAACAUCCCAACAUCAGUGUAUAAUCUCAUUAAUGCUCUUGUAUAUGAAUGAAUGAAUGAAUGAGCACCGAUCCCACAGCCAUGCUCCAGCAUCUAGUGGGAAUCCUUCAGAAAAGGGAAGCUUGGGAAAGGGAGAGUCAAUCUGGGACGGAUCUGAACGUGAUUGGUCGGGUGCACAAACUUUUCCUCACAUAGUCGACAUCAAGACUGAAUUCUGUUUGUUUUCUAAUCGUGUGUCUUUUGACUGAACACGUUGUACGUUUUUUUUUCUGAAUGUAUCUAAACGCUGUUUCUGUCAGGAUUGUUUGCUGCUUUUUUGUUUGUUUUUUCCCCACUUAAUGAGCCUGGAUUUUUGUUCUGUUCCCAGACUGUACUUUGUCUUGGUUUUAUAGUUUGUUGCAGUUGUGUUUGUUUAUUUAUUGAUGUAUUUAUUUGUCAUCGAAAUAUCCGUUACAGUCAGUCGUGACGUGACGUGUUCCUCUCCGAUUGGGCUUCGGACCUCAAAACAGCGGAUCAGUACAGACAUGCUUUGCACUCUUCAUACAAGCAUAUCAGGGAUCUUCUUCUCUAUGCGCUCAUCAUCAUCAUCAUCAUCAUCAUCAUCAGUCAAAUCUAGCCUUAACCAUCACUGUAUUUCCACCAGAACUGUACUGUAACACGUUUUUCUUUUGCCCUCUGCAGAGACAGACGCACACACUGAGCCGUGCUAACCGCUCCCGGCUAAGUGUUUUGUUCUGAACACUCGUUUUAACCGGAGCGACGAUCUCCUCUAGCUCUUGGAACUGCUGAAACGAUCCUCAGAAGUGUUGACAUUAGUGAAUAAAGGUUUUAGACUUUC